AUGGAUAUUGACAACGAAGGAAAAGAUGUUGAUCAAAAGAACUUUCGUGGAAUCAUUGGAUCUCUUCUCUACCUAACAGCAAGCAGACCUGACAUUUCUUUUGCUAUUGGGGUAUGCGUAAGAUUUCAAUCCAAACCCAAAGAAAGUCACCUAAGCACUACCAAAAAGAUUUUAAGAUACCUAAAGGGGACCCAAAGUGUAGGACUUUGGUACCGGAAAGGAGGUUCUUUCGAUCUAGUUGGCUAUUCAGAUGCCGAUUUCGCUGGUUGGAGAAUUGAUCGAAAAAAGCACCUCAGGAACCUGCCAGUUCCUAGGGGGAAGAAUUGUAUGAGCACAGGAAAAGGAAAAGAGAAGACGGAUAAAGAAUGUGAAGAGCAAAAACCAACCAACCUGAAGGCUGCUCAAAUCUCAGAGAAUCAACCUAAUGAGACAGAAAUCUUCCAUGAUCCUCUUGAAAAUGAAGAAAACAAGGAUGCUCUAAACAGAAUGUUAGCAAGUUCACAAUACUUGCAGAAUCUCCUUCAUGAUCCUACUGAACACGAAUCAUUUCAUUUCAUUGGCACUCAUGUGGGAUACACUGCCGUGGAUAGUGUACUCGAAAGGAGUGAAAGCUAUGACUACUCACCAUCAAGCACUCCACCAAAAUUUUCCUCACCUCUUAGAUCAACUGCUAGCAGCAAGAAGAAAACGAACUAA